AUGGCAACAAUGACCUCAAACACUCAAGUCUUUGAAAGACUACAGGCAUACCCUUUCAUUUCAGAUACAGAAUUUGCAAAUGGACUUUCAAUUAUACUGGGUCACCCCGAAACCCCCGCCACCCAAGCGGAGAUGAACCGGGAUGAUGACCUUGUCCUGCAAGCAAAAUGUUUCUUUUUCUCACGGAAAGAGCAGCUUGCUCCCCCCAUUGAUUUUGCGGCUUUCAAGUCUUGGUUAGCAUCGGGUACAGAGGAGCACCCAGGAUCAGAGAUUACCGACCCUGUAUCAACACCAACCGAGUCAUCAGAGAAGAGUGCUCCUGGAGGCGAAAAUCCUGCAAACGUCGAGCCUGCUUACCCGUCCUCUUUUGCGCAUAUCGUGGAUCUCAUCACCACAGGAAAACCGAUCCCUGGUAUUCAGGACAUACCUGACACCGUAUUGACCGGCCAUGAUAUCUCUAGUGAGAAGCCACGACGACGCAAACCUUGGGAGAAAAAUGAGGCAGUUACUUCUGAUGAGACUGCAGGUGUUGCUCCAUAA